AAGUGCAUGUGUUGUGUCCUGCGCGGUGGCUGAAAAGAGAGGCUGUCGCAAAGACAAGGGAAAAAACCUCAAAAAAACAGCCCAAAAAACGACCAAGAUAUCACUUCCCAUUCCAAUAAUCUUCAUUUUAGUUAUUCACAGUCACAGACCAUUCCAAUUCGCGUUGUAAGGGCGCUGGAGUCGUUCAAGAAUCACAGUAGAAUGAAAGCUCCAAGUCGAAAGUGAGCCAAAGAUUUCUCGUUUUUCCUCGCUUCACUCAAGAAAUACUUGGGUUAGAACCGGCGUUAUAGAGCCUUUACGCUUUAAUUUGUUCGUAUAAUGAGUUCAGGAGAAGAAGACAACGUGGAGGGCAUCGAAAAUGCUCAAAUCGAUGAAUCUGACCCAGUAUUUCGUUCGGUAGCUGAAGCCGAUGUUAGUUUAGAUGAGAUGAUGAGUCUUGCUUGUCGACAGGGCAAACUCGACAUCGUAGAAUUACUAUUAGAGAGUGGUGCUCAUGUUGAUUAUCGAAAUAAAGCCGGCAAUACCCCGCUAUUAGAAGCCUGUAGUCAAGGACAUGUCGAUGUGGCUCGAUAUUUACUGGAUCACCAAGCUAACAUUGAUUCGCCUACAGAAACGACUUCAGACAGUGCUCUCACGUGGGCUUGUACUCUGGGAAACGAAGCCAUAGUCUCUCUACUUCUUGAUAGGAAGGCUAAUGUGGAACAUCGGACCAAGGAUGGGUGUACAGCCUUGAUGUUUGCUGCUCUGGCUGGCCAUGUUAAAGUGGCAGCCAUGUUGUUGGAUCAUAGUGCUGAAAUAAAUGUUGAAUCUGAUAGCAACAAGGACAGUCCACUGACCUUUGCUUGUUGGAAAGGGCACUGUGAUGUUGUGGAACUCUUAUUGUUGAGGAGUGCUAAUAUUGAACAUCGAACGAAAGAGGGCUUUACCCCCCUGAUGUUUGCCGCGCUUGGAGGGCAUACCGAUGUUGCUGCAAAGCUACUGGAAAAAAAGGCCAAGGUCAAUGUACCCAGUGGUAGUAACAACGAUAUACCCCUCACCAGCGCCUGUUGGAAGGGGCAUCACGAUGUGGUCAAACUUCUACUGGAGUACCACUCUAAUAUCGAACAUCGCACCAAGGAUGGAUGUACCCCAUUGAUGUUGGCAGCAAGAGAGGGGCACUAUAGUGUGGCUAAGCUUAUCCUAGACAGCCGAGCAGAGGUAAACAAGCCGUCGGGCAGUGAAAACAACAUCCCCUUGACACUAGCAUGCUGGAAGGGACAUACCAAGGUGGUAGAACUGUUACUGGACCAUAAAUCUAAUAUAGAACACCGCAAUAAAGCUGGAUGCACCCCUCUAAUGUUAGCAGCCAGGGAGGGUCAUGUAGAAACAACACAGCUUCUUCUUGCACGUGGAGCAGAAAUCAACAAGCCAUCAGGGAGCAAUGAUGACACACCCCUGACACUAGCCUGCUGGAAAGGCCAUGUUGGCGUUGUGGAAUUGCUUCUAAAACACAGCUCAAAGGUCGACCACCAGACAAAGACUGGUUGUACUCCCCUCAUGGAGGCCACAAGGGAAGGGCAUGUUGCUGUUGCUAAGCUUCUUCUUGAGCACUCUGCCAACGUAGAACUACCAGACAACUAUGGUCAAAGCCCACUUUUCAUGGCAUGUUGGAAAGGUCAUAGAGAUGUAGCAGAACUGUUACUUGAAAACACUGCAAAUAGAGACUGUAGGACCAAGACAGGCAUAACACCUCUCUUCCAGGCCUGUAGAGAGAACCAUGUGGAAGUUGUAAAACUGUUAUUGGAUUAUGGUGCAAGUGUCAACGCAACCUUUCCCAACAGCAGAGAAAAUCCUUUAACCUUGGCUUGUGAGAAAGGUCAUGCUGAACUGGUAUCGUUGUUACUAAGAAGGAGUGCCAAUAUAGAAUGUCACACCAAGAAAGGCUGUACACCAUUCCACUUGUCCUGCAAGGAAGGUCACCUGGCCAUCGCUAUUGCACUACACGUCAGAGGAGCGGACAUUGAGGCCCCAGAUUACCGUAACAACUCGCCUCUGGUAUCAGCAAUGAAGAAUGGUCACGUGGAAGCACUUGAAUGGCUUCUCAACGUAGUCGAUCACCUGCCAUCAGAAGAACAGUGUCAAAAAUGCCUUGUUGCACCAAUCGAUGACAAAGACAGAUAUGACGAACUGAUGCUGGGAAGAACAAAAUGCUAUGAUCUGAUUCUCAAGUGUAAAAAAGCAAAAGAGCAAAAAGUUCAGCGCAAUACGGAAUUGCUUCUCAAGGAGCUUGAAAAUGAAAAAGAAAGAGAAAAUAACCGCAAAAAGAAAGCAGCAGCGAAAAGAAGAGACAAACGACGCAGACGAAAAGCUGCUAAAGAAGGCGAACAAGCAAAAGAAACUAAAGAAGAAACGCCUCUUGAAAACAGACCUCAGGAAGUAGCAGAACCACCCGAAUCCGAAGGAGACUCGAGCGACAACGAAGACGAUGACUGCACCAAGCAAAACACACAAGAAAAAAAGAGCAAAGACAACGACGAUGCUGAAAUCAUUCCUCAAAAGAACAAGAAUAGAAAAGAAAGCAACCCGAAGCAAAAUAACGGACAAGAUUCGAGAGAAAUUGUUGAUUCAUCGAGGGGACGAGGGAAGUUGAAUAUAGAAGAUGAGGUAUCGAAGAAUGUCGUUGGGUCGAACGACAGACAACAUCAUCAGAAUCAAGACUCGCCGAACGAUUACGAAGAUAAAAAAUCCGCUGAAAAGGCCAAGAACACGAAAAAGAAAUCCGAGGAGGCGAGUACGGCGAAAGAAGAGAAAAAGAAAACGAAUGGUCAAAAUAACAAAACUAAAGAUGAAAAGGAUAGCGAGACGAAGAGAAAUCUAAAUCAUGGGAUUACGAUAAGUUCGAUUAACAUGGACUCGAAGCAGGAGAAACAAAAACGCGAUUCUUCUCACAAACAAAACACGAACGUAAAUACCACCAAGAACACGAGUAACUCACAUGUAUCAAGUCCAUCACCUAAUAAGAUUUCUGAGCUCGAUAAGAUUGAUUCUUCAAGUACAAUAAAUUCUAGUACUGGUCACCCUGUGUCACCGAGGGAGAGGAGUAGAGCCAAUGCGCCGCCAAAGUCUUCGCCCGAAGCAGAUCGAGUUUCUGAAGGAGAUAGAAGUUUGAAGAGAAGAUCUAAAGAUUCGAGUGAUGGAAGUGAGGGGGGAUCCCCUGGGGAGCAUGGCAAACACAAGACCGUAUCCAGGGGGUGUACGACUACUGGACAGUCAUCGACGGUUCCUAAGGUUACGCAGAAUGAUAAUGACAAAGAACAAAAGCCAUUACACUCGCCAAGGUCCAGACAGAUGCAGCAGUCGUUAAAGGAAGACAGUUGGAAAGAAGUUACGAGAUCGACUAAUUCAAAGAAGAGUCAGGCGCACAGAUAACAAUCGGUAAACCUGAACCCAAGGCACCUACAGACCGAGUCAUUACCAUCAAGGGAUCAACAAAAUCUGUCCAGCGUGCAAAGUUCCUCGUCACACAGGCGUUAAACACCCCGAGCACCAUCGCGCAGACCACAGCGGCUACACCCUCCUCUACGACAACCACAGCCAACGGUCCCUCAGAAUAUGGCAACACCUCAGGUGUAACAGGCGUCAGAGGGAACUUCGCAGCUAUUGCGUCGGCGUCCUCAGAAUGGCCAACCAUUGCCCAAGCCAACACCAUGACGACAACCACCGCUACUUCUAAACCGACUCUUAAGUCUAUGGGCAGUGAAGACAAGACAUCGAGUGAGACAGUUAACUCUGAAGCCGUCAGUCAAGAACCACGACAGACACACACUAGGUCGUUAUCAUCGGGAAGCUCGGACAGUGGGCUUAAUGUUAAGGGCGCUCAAGCUGUUACCAAGACAACGGCAGCGUGGGCAACUCAGUCUGCAUGGAAACCGAACCGCCCUCCCGUGACUCAGAGUGUGGGUAUAUCGACUAGUGCAGUAACUACGGGCGUUAGUAGUAGUACUUAUGCCAUGAGUAAUGGACCGACUGAUGGGGGUACUCAGGUGUCGAGUGGUUAUAGUCACGAGGCGUCUGUACACGGGAGGGCUGUUAAUAGGAAUAGUGGGGCGUACACGAAUAGCACAACGAGCAAUGUGAAGGCUGAGAUGGUGGGUUCUUGCUACAGCAAUACUCAUGGGAAGGUCACAGUUUCUACUGUAGCGGCAAGCACAAGUGCUGAAACAACCACAGCACAAAGGGACGUGGUAGGACCAGGACGGCCCUUAGAUUCCGUACCUAAUAGCGUCUGCUAUGGUACAGUUUGGUCCCACAAAAGACCUCACCAAGCGAAUUCUGAAUCAUUAGUAUCGGGGCCGUUUGGAGCUAUAGGAGAUAUUCCAUCUACUAACUCAGUAUUUCAAGGCAAUUACCACCUUAUCCCUGGUCUAGUGGUGAAGAAGCUGACCAGUUGGAUCGCGCACGCAGCAUCAGCUGGUCAGGACAGGGUGAUUUUGAAAAUAACGGGAUCAGCGCACUAAACCUUUCAAAAGACAAGUCCUUAUCCCAGAAUCAUCAAUCAGGACCAGACAGUUCUAUCGGGAUGGCAGCAGAUCUUCCAACAGAUCAAAGACCUUUAUCAAGCUCAUGGAAUAACUGGGGUCAAUCACAACCCAAGGCCCUCCCCACUGCGUUAUCAGUUGUGUGUGACGAUGACCCCCCUGAUAAACAAGCAUGGAAUAACUCAGACAGCACUAGUAGCAGUCAGAGCAGUAGUCGACAGGAACUCAACAGUAUCAUGGAUAAUGAUGGGCCAGCGAACAACAGUGGAGUGUGGAAUUCUUCCAGCUUCAAUGACAACAACCUCACCCCUACCCCCCACACUACACACAGCAGCUCUAGUUUGCCCCACCCUGACCAGAAUAAUCAAUGGAGUUCAAACCGAGGGGCGUUCAGCGCGCCUUCAUCGCCGUCACUUCCUCGCUCGCAAAGUCAACCCGACCCAAGCUCUAACUCAAUGGCGCGGCCAUCGGUGGACGACAGCGCUGUACGUUCCUGGAACACCAAACAUAAGAGCCCACGAUCUCAGAGCAGUAGUGACCAGCGUAGUGGAUGGGAACAGAAUGCGCAGACAGCAAGGCGGUCUAGUGUCGAGAUGUCGCAAUCCUUUACUAAUGAGACUGGUAUUUCUAAUAAUCCCUGGCAGUAUACUUUACAACGCCAAGACAUGUAUCAACAGCAUGGUUUUCCAGGAAGAGAACAGUGGAAUGAUUCAUCAGUCGAUAUAUCGAGUAUUUUAAAGAGACUGACACUGGAUAAAUACUUGCAUGUAUUCGAG